ACUAUGACAAAAAAAAAUCAUAAACCCACUAUUACAGAAAAAAAUCGUAAAAAAAACUAUUACAAAAAGAAAACCAGCUUAAACAAACCGAGUCCUUAAUUAGGUGGAAGAAACGUGUACCGGCGAUUAAUAAAAUAAUAGGAUAGUUAUUAUUUAACCCAAUUUAAAUAAUAAAAAAAUACAAUGAAAGCUUCAGCGAUCCUUUCUCUCGGAUUUGGGGGGGCGCCUGGCACAGUGAAUUUUCCCCCAUAAUCUCUCCCUCAGUCAUUUGGAGAACAGAGGAAAUUGCAUCGGGAAUUACAUUUUCCCUACAAAACUUUCUCUUCCCCCCUUUUUCUCCCUAAAAAAACAGAGGGUAAGAGAACAAUGUUGCGGGGCUGCUGCAACAAUGUUGGCCUUAGUGGAGUGGUUUAUCCAUUGUAUGGUUCUGAAAUAAAUAAUAAUACAGCUAUGCCACUUUUGGUCUCGGGCUCUCGGCCAUGCUCAAGUUAAACGGUGAGUGAUAUAUAUUUUACUAUUGUUAUUUCCGUAGUGGGCAUGGGUCAGAACGCCAUGGAAAAAUUUGCUGCAACGUUGCCCAAAAUAAAAUAAACAAAUAAAAAAAGAUAAUACUUAUAAAAAAGGGCCAAAGUUGGUUUUAAAAAAAAGGGAAAAGAAAUAGUUCAGGACGGGCGAGUCCGCAGCGCUGCGAGGGGAGGUACGGAGACUUGUUUUUCGUAGUAGAGGUAUAUAAUAAAAUUUGGCUACGUUUGUGUUUGUUUAGAGUUCAAGUUUGCCACAUUUAUUUAAUAAUAAAAAAGGGAGAAGUUGGCCUAUUAAAUUCAGCUAGCUUGGCCAUGCAACAUAGAAGUUCCAAUGCCGAGGGGAAAUUAAGCUGCCACACCAAGUCUGUGUUGAAAAAGCAUUAUCGCUCUGCUCAACCAGCACUACAAGGGGCGCCGAGAAGAAGGGGUGUUGGCCUUUCUCUCCUGCAUUUUUUUCUUGUCGCAAAGGUGUUUAAAAAAAUAAAAGGCCUUAAAGAAACCAUUAGUGGAGAAAGAAGAAGGAAAAUCAGAGUUGUUUGGAAAGAAAAUAGUGUUGCGAGGCUACACAGCAGGCCGCAAUAGUAUAAAAUAAAAUAAAUAAGAUAGAUAUAAUAAUAAAAAAAUGAGGGUCGGCUAGAUAAUCAAAGCCGCAACGUUGCUGGCUAGUGGGUAACAAAACAACAUUGUUUGGGGCCGAAACAUCGUUGCGGGGUCAAAAAUAAUCAUCACCGCAGCGUUGUAUAGAAGGCGAGCAAUGUUGUGGCCACAAUAAAGGAAGGCAAUAAGACAAUGAUGGAGAUUAUCGAAGAUUGCAAGCUUGUUGGCCAUAAAUCAAGAAACAGACACGUUGGCGUUUUGGGCUCAACUAUGCGGAGUAAAGGAAGAGCUUCGUCUAAUGCAACUUCGCAGGCUCGUUAUUUCCGUCUCGCUCAAGGUAAAGCAUUGAUGUGGGUUAUUACUAUUGUUGCGUUCCAUUAAAACACGUGUGUUUAAUGGUCGUGGCAUCGCAGCGUUGUAUAAUUGAGAAACGUUGUUGGCUUGAAACAAUGUUGUAGCCGCAGUAACGAGAGGGAUUUAUAAGCUGGCCAAGUUUUUUUUUUUUUUUUUUAAAGGGAUUUUUGGGCUAGAGUCGCGGCACUCGCUGCAGAAUUGCUGGCGCAAGAGAAGAAAAUCCAAUAAUGCAGGAACUCCAACGUUGGGGAUGGAAGAGACACCAUGGCUAUUUACUUUCAAAGCAACAGUGCAUGACUAUUGUCUACACCAAAAUACCUCAUGAGACCUCCUCCAUGAGCUUCCUUCAAUAACAAGUCUUGAAGUGUGCACGUGGAAUGCAUAACUGAUUAGCUCGAAUUGCAUUCACCUUCUCUUCAUCCACCUCGAAGACAAAGUUUUGAGAUCACGGUCCAGUGACCAAAGAUCACGGCCGCAAUCUCCCUACCUCAGGCCGCAAACUUCCCCGAAGCCAAGUUGCCUAUAAAUAGAAGACCCCUUCUCCCUUUUCAAGUGAGCUGAUUUUGGGUGAAACUUCUGGUUCUAGAGAGAGAGAAGAGAGAUAAGCUUAAGGGAGAAUAAGAGAAUGAGGAGCUAGGAGCAAUGAGGCAUCUUCUAUCCCAAGUCUUCUUCUAUUUCUACCAUGUAUCUUCUUCCCUCCUUUAUGGAGUAGUUCUCUAAGGUACUAGGGUUUCUAAACCCCAAACCCUAGUUUUAGGGUUUAUUAUGUAUGUAUGGAUAUUUUAAGGUUUGGAUAAAUGAAUGUGUUUGUCUAGUUGAUUUUUAAUGUCACUCUUUCCUAAAUGAUGACGCUUGGGUAAGUCGUCCUAAUCUUCCCUCUUAGCCUAAUUUAUGCUACCAAAAAACUGACACGCCAAAACACAACACCAAUCUGCGACCAAGUGCAAUCGCAGACCGGGAAUGCAGUAACAGGCAAGUUAUAUUAUCAACCCGGGGUCUAGGUCUACUGCUUACUCAGUGAUUCUCUAUUAUCUAGCCAACUAAAGUAUGUGAUUGUUGUUUAAAAGCAAAAGCAGAAAGAAAGCAGGAAAUUAUUCGGUUUUCUCAAGCAGGUAAGAGUCACUCGGGAAUGAAUCCCCCUAGCUCCUUAGUUAGGUUUCAAUUGUAUUUCCCUGGGUUGAUUUACUGUUGAUUAGACUGCGGAAGAUCCGACAGUAGCUUGGAAUCUCUUAAGCUGACCAAGCCCUCUCAGUCUAACUACCCGACAGACGACUAGUCUUCACCGGGAUAGAAAGCUGAAGCAGUAAGAACAGAACUCCACUACUGGAAUUGGAUUCCAGUACAAAGCAGUAAACGGGCUAACUCUCGUAUAGCCAAUCUCCUACUAUCGAAUGAUGAGACUCUAGCAACCUAAUCAGAUUCUAUCUAUCUCAGAUUGCAGCAGGAAUCAGGAAAAGUUAUUCAGACUUCAAUUGACUCAAUAAACAUGCAUCAUUCGAUUAAAAUCAAACAGUAAUCUCAUCCCAAGUCAUUACAAUCAAUCCCUAACACAUAGAACUAGGGUUCUUCAUCCCCAAGUGAGAGAGGGGUUCUACUCCAUAGAGAGAGAGAAGAAAACAGUAAUCGGAGUAGUCAUACUCAUAAAGAUGAGGAAAAUCUGCUCCGGGAUGAUGAUUUCCACUCCUAGGACGAUCUCCAAGCUCGAUUUGAUGAAACCCAGCUCCAAGAUAGCUUCUAGGAUGUGUUCUUCGUACUUUCUCUCUCUAGGGCUCUGUUUUUGCUCAAAAAGUCCGAUUCUCCCUCUUGCAGCCCGGAAUUGGGUUAAAACCAGGAAAUCCCGACUCACACGGGCAGGGCCACACGGCCGUGUGGCAUACCCAGUUGCCCGUGUGAGUCAAAACGAUGCGUUCCACUUAGUUCAAUUUUCAGGCUUCUCACACGGCCAGAGUGGCAUGGCCGUGUGUGACUUCCAUCUGCCCGUGUUUGCUCUCGGCAAAACUCGCACGGCCAAGCCACUUCUUCACACGGCCGUGUGUGUUGUCAGGGCAGGCCGUGUUUGCUCUCGCACAAUCUCACACGGCCAGAAAUAUGAGUUGCACGGCCGUGUGAUUUGUGGGUGUGCCCGUGUGGCCUCCUUUGUGACUUGCCUCGCGCCCGAUCUUCGUCCAAUCGACCCCAAACUCGCCCCCGAGCCUACAUUCACGUACUAGGACCUGAAAUAUCACAAACAAGCACACCCUAGCGUGAAAUCGGCCUAAAACACGAGAAAUCACAUCUCAAACGGUGUAAGAACAGGGGUAAAAACAUGUGUAAUUAACGGUCUAUCAAACUCCCCCACACUUAACCGUUUGCUUGUCCCCAAGCAAACCAAGUCAGACACAAGGUAAGCUUACAUAUUUCAAUCAACCAACAUUGGGGACAAGUCAUAAAGGCACAGAACACGUGAAUCGUACUUGUUUUCAAACAUCAAUACAUGACCAACUUCAACAGCAACCUGGACAACCACCACAAAGGACAUUCGAGUGCAGCUAAAUCGAGUAAAGGAAGAGUCUCCCUUCUGUUCACCAACCAACCUAGACUUGACUCAACCACUUACUCAAAACAGUCAACUCAUGCAUCCAACUCAAGACAUCAGAAUAGAGACCGAGCAAUCUAGGUCCUCACCGGGUACAAGAGUAUAUAGAAUAUGAAAAUGAAUCACUCACUCUCGACCAGUGGGGUCAGGACAAUUUGAUGCGAAAAAUGCGCAUGCUAUUUCUCUCAAUCCCUAACAUCUCUUCACCAUGAUGUCAGCCUCUAAAUGCUAGAGUUCACAUACAGGGUGUCACCACUAACUAAUCAGGAGGUCUUAGACACAGGUUCAAAUGACUGGCUAGGGUCUUGGACAUGGGGAAAAGGCCUUUUAGGUGGUGGAAGUAUUCAUAGCACAAGGUUCCACAUUUCCAAACCCAAACAAUCACAGUCAAACAAACCGGUAUUUCCUUUUUGCUAUUCUGCAUUACUCAAUAUCUCAAGAGCACAAGAGCGAAGGAGGUAUAAAUGUCAGCAUUUCCA